UUGAAAAUAUUUAGUUUCACGUUCACGUUGUAGUGUUGUACGUGAAAAUAAUAUAUAGUAUUAUAGUUUCAUUUAGGAGUAGGACGUGAAAAAUUUUAAAUAUCCACUGCAAAUUUUUAACGAUCUUUAAAAUUUCAUUAUGGAUUCAGAGCAGUUGUUAAAACUUGUGGAUAUUAAAGGUUCCAUUAGCACAUGGGACAUAAGCAAAGAAAACAAUAUUGAUCAUCAAAAAAUAAUUGGUGUUGUUAAUAGCAUAUUGGCAUUGGGAAAUAUUAUUACUGCUGAUCCAGUAACAAGUAAGUACUGGGAACUUACCGAAGAAGGAGAAUCAGUUGCAUUGAAUGGUAGUUAUGAGGUAAACCUAUAUAACGCUGUUCCAACUGAUGGGAUACAUCAAAAGGAAUUAAUGGCAAUAUCAAAUGCAAAAAUUGGAUUCAGUCAAGCAAUGUCAAAGGGUUGGAUAGUCAUUGAUCGAGCAGCAAACAAAGUGAUGAAAAAAGUCGAUUCUGUCGUUGAUAAGGUUAAAGAAAAUUUGAUAGAACUGAAAGCAUCUCAUGAUCAAAUUUCUGAGUCGGAAAAGUUGGAUUAUAAAAAACGAAAACUUAUUCGUGAAGUAGUCAUAAAAAGUUUUACAUUAGGUAAGGGUCCAGAAUUUACAACAUCUAUUGUAAAAUUAGAAACUGAACUAACUACAGAAAUGAUAUUAUCCGGUUCAUGGAAAUCAACUCCAUUUAAGGCUUACAAUUUUGAAGCUUUGGGCCAACCACAAUCGGCUGGUUGCUUACAUCCAUUAUUGAAAGUUCGCUCAGACUUUCGUCAAAUAUUUCUUGAAAUGGGUUUUACUGAAAUGCCAACUAAUAAUUUUGUUGAGAGCUCGUUUUGGAAUUUCGAUGCAUUAUUCCAACCACAACAACACCCAGCAAGAGACUCGCAUGAUACUUUUUUUUUGGAGAACCCUCAAACUAGUGAAAACUUUCCUCAAGAAUAUUUAAACAAGGUAAAAACAGUACAUUCUAAGGGUGGCUAUGGUUCCCAAGGAUAUGGCUAUGAUUGGUCUUUGGACGAAGCUAAGAAAAAUGUUUUGAGAACUCAUACUACAGCUGUAAGUGCUCGUAUGUUGUAUGGCUUAGCUAAAGAUUUUAAACCGACUAAGUACUUUAGUAUCGACAGAGUAUUCCGAAAUGAGACUUUGGAUGCUACUCAUUUGGCAGAGUUUCAACAAGUAGAAGGAGUAAUAGCUGAUUACAAUUUAACCCUGGGAGAUCUAAUUGGAGUUCUUCACACGUUUUUUGAAAGAUUGGGAAUGACUGAAAUAAAAUUUAAACCUGCUUACAAUCCAUACACAGAACCUAGUAUGGAAAUAUUUUGUUAUCAUCAAGGACUAAAAAAAUGGAUCGAAAUUGGCAACUCUGGAAUGUUUCGUCCUGAAAUGUUAUUACCAAUGGGCUUACCAGAAAAAGUAAAUGUUAUAGCUUGGGGUUUAUCAUUAGAGAGACCAACUAUGAUUAAAUAUGGCAUCAAUAAUAUUAGAGAUCUAGUCGGACCAAGGGUUAAUUUACAAAUGGUACAAGAUAACCCAAUUUGUAGAUUAGACAAAUAAAUUAUAUUGUUAACUUUUAUGAUGCUAUAAUAUAUAUGGUGUAAAUUUAUUUGUUCUUAUAAUACUUUUAAUUUCACUAUUGUAAUAAAUAAUACUUAAAAGUCUACAUCAUCUCCAAAUCUUCCAAUACUCUAUCAAUGUCUUUUCAGCAGCAUUUUUCUUUCUUCGUUGAGCAUUACAGAAAUUUGUUCUUUUAACUUUCUUACCUUGUCAAGUUGUGAAAAAAUUUAAAUCUCUUUCUAACAUCUCAGGUUAGGUACCCGGUAGGUUGAAUUAAUACUAUUUGCAUAUUAUCAUGUAUGUAUAAUAUAAUAAUAUACUUUACGAGUUUCAAGUACUCAUUAAUAAUAUUUUUAAAUUACAAGAAAAUAACUAAAAUUGUUAUUCUUGGUUAUUUAAUAUGUAAUUUCGUUCAAGUUUGAACUUAGAAUAACUAUAAAAAUAAAACUGUGUUUUUAUAUUUUUUAGAUUGGUUACAGAAUAAUCUAUUACGUGGAACUUUGUUUUAAAUGUUCAAUCCUUAGCUAUAAAAGUUGAACAUUUUAUAAAUUUUUAAAUAGAAACUAAUUGGUAAAUUUUUUAUUUGAUAAGCUUUGUCAAGAUUAGAACUUUAAAUGCUCAUAAAAAAAUUGUGCUUAUGUAUUUUUAAUAUAUGUUUUUUUAAUUA